AAAUUAGAUUGCUAUUCAAAUUAUUUCAAUUUUUUUAAUUCAUUAAAUUAUAUUUUUUUAUAAAUUUCAAUAUUUAAAAUCAAGUUUUUUAUUUGAAAUGUUUACGACAAAUAGUCCUGGCGGUUUAGGAUUUAUCUUUGACAUUAUAAUUGUACACAUAAAUUUAACGAAUAUUGGCACUGAAGAAAUCCCAAAAUUAAGAGUCGAUGUAAAAUUCAUUAAAGACUAUAUAAAAAUAACAUCAAGUCGCAUCAAUGUAGCGGAAUUUAAAGCAGAACGUGGUUUGGAAUUCAAAGAAAAACCCACAGUUUUAAAAGAGCAAUUAUUUAAACAACCUUUAGAAUGUGAAGUGUUCUAUGAUGGACAGUCUGUGGGAACGUGUAAUUUUCUAUGGCCUGCUAGUUUUAUAAAUUGUAUUGCUGGAGAUUGUGGCCGAGAACUGACGCAUUGCGAUGAGGCCGAUAUUAAGAAGAAUAAUGAAAAAGUAGGUCAUAUGGAAAUAUUUGUACGACUACAAAUAAAGUGUAAUGAGUUUGACCUAAAAGAAACCCAAGAACCCAAAAAACAUAAUUUAUGCAAACAAACUGAUAAUGUUAUAAACGUUAAUGAUGUACUUUUUAUGGUGGGUAAUGAUAGAGAUGCCUCAAUCGCUUGCACUGAUACAGAUGUAAUCCCAGCCUCCGAAAGUGGAUCAUCUGCUAAUGCUACUUGUUUAGAUUUAUCUAAUUUUCGUAAUAUAAAUGGUAAAACUUUACCAAAUGCUGAUAUUUUAGAUAAUAUGCAUAUGAUGAACUGCUGCAGAGCAAAGAAAUCUGUAAAUCAAUGUCAAGAAAUUAUUGAUAGUUUAAUGGAGAAAACAAAAGAUUCUGAAAGCUGUCCAACUUGUUCGCAAAAUAAGACAAAGGAUCGAAUAAGAAAAUCACCUUGUAAAUCUUUAGAAUGUAUAUCUGAUAGCAGAUUUGCUUCUGGUAGUAGUUCAGAUACCUAUAAUCCUUGUCAAUGUAUAUCGGAUGAAUAUGUUUCCGAGAGCAAAAGUAUAUUAUGCAAAACGAAGGAUUUAAAUGAGAAACCAACAAAGAGAUAUUGUCCCCUGUGUCAUGAGAAUGUUACGUGGUUACCGAAAUUUGCCGCUUGUCCCAAGUGUGGUUUUAAGCCCAUACCUUACAAUAUUGAAGAGCCUUAUGAUGAUAAACUAACAGCGGAUCAAAUUCUUCAGGAAUUUACCAACAAUAAGACAACUGACCCGACCAUAGAUAAACCAAGUGAGGCCUCUUUAAUAGCUGGUGCUGAAAAAUUUCGUUGUACUUGUAAAGAUGGUAAAAUUUGUGCUCAUUGCCGCAUUAAAAAACUUUGUGAAGAUAUUUUUAAAACACCUGGAAAUGCUGAAGAUGACUGCGGUAAAUGUGUAUCUAAAUCUUCGGGUUUGUAUAAUAUCUGUAAGACCAGCAGUCCAGAUUGUCGUCCAUAUUUAACAAAAGUUUUUCAAGAGUUAAAAGAUCUUUACCAUAUAAAGAAAACAAAAAAUGAGAAUAUUAUUGAUGAUCAUAAGGGAAAUGUUAAGAGAUCUGUGGAUAAGAUACAAGAAGCUAAACAUAUAAAGAAAAUAGAUGAGCCAUCAAGUAGACCGAAAACUAAUGAAGUAAAUUUAGAGGCUGAACGUAAAAAGUUUUUGGUAAAAAAUUUUCAACAACAUGAGUCCUGCAAAGGCAAAAGUUUCGAUUACAAUAAACGACGUCAAUAUCCUGGCACUAAAAUUGGACAUAAAACCUGCUUAAACGGUUUUGCUGGAAGAAAAAAUGUUCCUCAUAACAUGGGUUGGCUGUGGAAUGCCGAAACUAAUGGUUUACGUAGAGGAUGGCGGCCAGGUGCCAUAAGAAAACCUAUUAAAACUUUAAUGCAACAUUUCCUUAUCAACAACAAUAUGCAAUUGUGCUGCGAUUUGCCAGAUAAUGAAAAUUGUGACAAAAACAAAGAAGAAGAAAAGGAUUAUACCAAAGAACCUACACUGCAUAUAUGUAAAAAGAAUGGUGAUUUCUAUAUAACAUUAAGACCUCUUAAAAAUUAUGAAUCUUGUAAUAAUAUGAAACCCAUACAAUUCAAAAUCAGCAAAAAUCCUUUAUUGUUAAAGAAACGUGAACUUAAACAAUAUUUAAAAGAAUUGGGUUUUGCCAAAUGCAUUUGUCACAAACCUAUCUCAGGCUGUUGUUGUCGUAGUUUUUUGGAAAAAAAGAAACUGGAAUAUCAGUGUUGUAGGGAGUGUCUCAAAAGGCAAAUACCGAAUUGUGCAGAUACUCUUAUAUUGUCAGAUACUACAGAUAGUGAAACUGAAUUUGAUUUUGGUGUAACUCCACCGGCUGGUAUUUUGCAAUCAAAAAAAUGCUCAAAGAAAAGGAAAAAAGUUAGUUCUGCUACUCAGUAUGAAGAAAAUGAUUGGAAAAUAAAAGAAGAUCAAUCAAAACCUUUGGGUAAAUAUUUUAAAUUACACAACUGCGCGGUAGGUCAACGAUUUGGCAAAGCAUUUGGACCUUAUGGCAGUAAAGGAUAUAGACCAGGAGCAGUUCCCUCAAAGGGUAUAUAUGGUCCUUGCGGUUUAAUAACGGAAGGUGGCCAGCAUGGCUUCGGUAAGGGCGUUAAAGGUGUAGCUCUUAAAGGGCCAGAAGCCUUUUUAGGACCUGAUGGAAAAUUUAGUAUGGCUUUAUAUUUAGCAGCUAAAGCUGCAAAUAAACCAACUGCCGAGGAGUUGGCUGAGAAAAAAAGACAAAAAAUGACCCUAUUGAGGGGGGCGCUACCGCCUUUGCUAUGUAAGGUAGAUAGACGGGGCAAACCAAUUGAUAUUUGUGCUCCUUAUAUUCCAAUAACAUGCAGUACAAUGUGUUUAAGUGAUGAUCGUAUAUGUUGAAAUUUAAUGAAAAUGUUUUAAAAUUUUACAGGAGAUUGUAUAAAAAAGUUAACUUUAAAAGUAAUAAUAAUCUUAAAGAAACUCUAACUAAAGUUUCUUAAAAAGUCCUCAUAAUCUAGUGAUUAUUUAAACAACUCGAGUAUA